AUGGGUCCUCCGAGUAGGGUCGGCUCGUCUCAGGCGAAUGGACCUCCGCCGACGCAAGGCGAUGAGGACGACGUGCCCACGGUCGAGCUGGGUCAGUACUCGUGGACGCCCCAAGAGUGGGACUAGGCAUCAGCUAACACGCUGGCCCAAUCGCCGUAUGUUCAUGCCCUGUAGACGACUUUCCUCGCCCUCUGGGUAUCGAGAACCGCACGUCCCCACUCUUUCUUGACCUCGUGCAGAUGGUCUUUGUCAGGAUCGAGGGAAUGAUCGGCGAGAAGAGAAAACCGGGCAAGCCCUACAGGACGAAACGCGAUGUGUUGUGGGAGUACUUCUCUGUCAGUCUAAACGGGACUCUCGUCGCGGGUGGCCGGCUGAGCCCGCUGACCUGACCCACCUUCGGAACCACGACCAAUUCGGAACCCUUUCUGAGCGAGUAGGGCUGGAGAAAGCACGUCGGCCCCGACACCUAUCCUGUUGUACGACUCUUACUCCCGGAUGUAGGUCAAACUUUGUCGCCCUGUGGAGACGUUACUAGCUGCGGGUCAGUGCGAGCUGAGGCUUCGUGGUCCCCCACAUCCCCGUGAUCGGACAGCGCGACACUCGCCGGGGCAACUACAACCUCAAGGAGCAGAAGCUGGCCAAAGCACUGCUCAAAACGAUGGGGAUGUCAACAGAGAUAAAGGAUGCGCGAGCUUUAAUCAACUGGAGAGUACCGGAUACGAGUGAUCAUCACGUCAGUCCCCCACGUUGGACUGCUGCCAGCGUCAGGAUUUCCGCGUACUGCGCCGACUGCCAAGACUGAAAUGAUCAUGAACGUGCAUGCUUGUACCGCACAGUCAUCACGACCCCAGAAAGGAGCCGGGGAUUUCGCAAGCGUCGCUUUCGCAGUCAUCGACGCACGAUCAACAGCCAAGGAGAACGGUGAACCCAAAAUGACGAUCGACGAAAUUAACGCCCUCCUCGAUCGACUCGUUGUUGCGGGUGCAGCCCAACGAGGGAUUGUCAAUCGAGCGGCGAACACCUCAACUCAAGCGAGUGGCUCGACGAAAGGAAAAACCAACGUUUCCUCACUUGAUCAGGUCGCGGAUGUCCUCACGAUGGCGUACGAACGGCUUAGCCCAAUCGAGUUCAAGUGGCUUAUUCGCAUUAUCUUGCGUGGUAAGCAAUCACUUUCGGAUGGAUCACGCGCGAUAUUUGCAGGCUCGAUUACUAAGUGGUAUGGCAACUUACUAUAAGAUCACAAGGUCUCUAUGUCGGAGCGGGUCGUGCUUGGGGCGAUGCAUCCCGAUGCAGUGGAGUACGUGCCUGACCGCAUUAUCGCUUGAGCCCACAGGGAUGUUGCACUACUGAUCACGAGACAUCCUCACUAGCCUCUUCAACACUUGUUCCGACAUCUUGCGCGUGUGUUGGGAGCUUCACGACCCCAACAAGCGACUCGAAUCAGAAGUGCGUUGCCAGGUUUUUCGCGCAGACGCCGCAGGGCACACAAGGUCCAUAAACUGACGGUCACACCUCGCCCCCUUUUCACUCAGCACAAGGAAAUGACGGUCGGCCGAGUCUUUUCACCCAUGCUAUGUGGACGCUUGCUCAAAUCGGGCUUUGACAGCGUGGUUCAGAAGAUGCGCGCCGAUCGACCGGCCUCGCCUGAGGAGCCGAAGGGUUCGACGGAGAUGAAGUACUGGUGCAAGCCCAAGGAGUUUUUGAUUGAGGAGAAAUUUGAUGGCGAGCGCAUCCAGGUUCACAAGAAAGGUGACAUGUAUACGUAUUAUUCGAGGUGUGCAAGAACUUAUCCUCUUGCUGAAGAUCAGAGCACUGAUAAUCGUGUGGAUUCUCGACCAGGAAAUCGACGGACUAUACCCAUCUCUACGGCCAGAAUCCGCGAGAGGGGUCAAUCACGCCGUUCAUUCAUGGCAAAUUCAACCCAGACGUCCUAGAAGCCGUUCUGGAUGCCGAGAUGCUCGUGUGGGAUCCUCAGAACUCGGUCUAUGUCCCCUUUGGUCAGCUCAAGUCGUUCGCCGCCAAGACGUCCUUUGGACCGGACGAUCCUCGCCCUUGCCUCAAGGUCUUUGACGUGCUCUACAUCAGGACCCCGAAAGGAUGCCAAUCUCUGCUCAAGACCGCGCUGUGGAAGCGGAAGGCUUUGAUCCACAAGGUCAUCCAAGCCCCUGUUCCGGGCGUGCUUGAGAUUGCGGAGGUAAAGAAGAUCUCGACUGCUGAAGAGAUUUCGGACUUCCUCAAAGUCAUGCUCGAAGAGCGAGGGGAAGGGAUGGUCGUCAAGAACCCUUACUCGAUCUACCAGCUCGGUGGCCGUGAGUUGACGUGGCUGAAGAUCAAGCCCGACUACAUGGAUCAGCUCGGGACCGACCUGGAUGCGCUCGUCGUAGGCGCGUACUGGGGCCAAGGGCGCCGAGGGGGUACACAUGCGAGCUUCAUGCUCGGUGUGAGGGAUGAUUCGCGGCAGGAAGAUGGCAAGCCAUAUUUCAGAUCUUUCGCCAAGGUCGGAACCGGGUUCAAUCGCGAUUUGUUCCAGAGUAUCAGGGAUCAGACGCAAGGGAAGUGGUUCGACUACAACCGUCGCAAGUUGCCCGAUUGGUUCUCGACCAACUCCGAGGCGCCCGAUCAGUUGAUCCACCCCAAAGAGUAUGCAUGCUCCGGAGUUCAAGAGAUAUGCCUGUUGAUCACUGACUGGCUCCGAGCGCCCCGCAGUUCGUUCGUUGUCACCGUCAAAGCCGCAGAGGUCGUCCUCGGCAAAGACUACGGCGCCGGGUGGACUCUGCGCUUCCCACGCUGCAUGGGAGUGCGCGACGACAAGGACUGGACCGACAGCGCAACCCUUUCCGAACUCGAAGAAAUGCAAGCUGGCUCGACCAAGCGAAGUCAAGACAGCCAGUUCACCUCGGAGGGGAAGAAACGCAAGACGACGAGGACGACGAAACCGACGGGGAUGAUGCCCGUGGUGAAAGUGGAGAAGGUCGACGAACUGUUCAAGGGCAUAGUCUUUUACGUUCACCACAUGCGCCAUUUCGAUCGCGCCGAUAUGCAUGCCAAGAUCAAGGCACACGGAGGCGAAUUUCGUCAAGCCCCGAGCGCACUCGCCGGAGUCGAUGGCGUUGAGGAACGACUGAUCGUUGCAACAGAGUGGAAGAACGCGUUAACUCGCAUGCAAGCGGCCAAGGACUACGACACCAUCAGUCCGCAAUGGAUUGUCGAUUCGAUCGAAGCGGGCGAGCGUAUGACGUUGACGUCCAAGUAUUACGUCAAUUGCCUAGAAUCGACACGCAGCACCCUCGCCGCCCUUGAUCAGCGUGACGAGAUGCUGAGGAAAGGCUCAGCAUCAAAAAAAUUCUCUCCAUCUCCGUCCCCGGCUCCGUCGGCGUUGCCUUCGGCUUCUUUAAAGGAGGUGGAAAUGCUGAGUCCCAAGCAAGAGGAGGAGGAGGAGGAGGAGGAGGAGGAGGAGGAGGAAUCGAAUUUCACGGCGAUGCAGCAUGAGAUGGCCGACUCGGAUGAGGAUUCGGAUGAUUCGAACGGAGAAGAUCGUUUCCAAGAUGGGAUUCAUGACGAGUCGGAUGAUGAUGACGAUGAAGAUGAAAAGGAGGUGAAGGAAGAGAAGGAGGAUGUCAAGCCAAAGACCGAGUCGGGUUCUCCCUCGGCUUCGGCGAGGCAGUCGAACGGCGCGGAUGAGCUGGGGGAGGCGCAUUACGACCCUGACUCGCUCUUUGGCCAAUACGUCGCUUACUUUGACACGUCGUCGAACGCGAUGGACAACAAUUUGUCGGCGUCUCAGAAGGUCGGAGCUUCGCAGACCACGGCGGAUGAAGGACUAACGAAAGUCCAGAAGCGUAAGUGCGGUUUGCGCGGCAAGCCUCGCGCCUUUCGUGAUGAUUGGAGCUGAGAGUGUUACCCAUCGAACCAUACAGUUUGGACCGGUAACGGGGGCCGCACCACGGACGACCUCCUUGAUCCAGAGUUGACCCACAUCAUCUUGGAUGCCAAGAUUAAGGAUCGCAUCAGUGAAAUGAUCGAUCGCACCUCUGAGUGAGUCUCGGCAAGGCUCGAACGGACAUGUACCUUGAGCUGAGCCUCUCAUUCCUAACACCACAGACCCCGUUAUCGCCACUUGGUCACGGCUGCGUGGAUCGAGGAGUGUGUCGAUGCCGAAGCUCUUGUCGAUGAACAAGAUUUCCGACCCUGA